GUGUGGCAGGAGCCAGCAGACCUGCGGCUGCCUGGGACGUGUGCUGUGGACGUUUCAGUCCCUCCCAGGUGACAGUGCAGGCUGGGAGACCUGGCCAGACAGAGAGAGCAGAGGUCACAAACAGCAGGUGUGCCAUGCCAGAUGUUCUGAGGAAGAGGGGCACAUACAAAAGCCACAUGGGGGAAGGCCUCCUGCUGCCCGCCAAGAAGUCCCCAUUGGCCCCAUCGGAUGGUGCUGGGAAGGCUCUGGGGACCCCUGGGCAUGGACGGGAGGGUGGCACACAGGCCAUCGGCGACGGGCACCCCUGGCCGGCUGGGCGGGAGGGGGCAGGUGGCCCUCACCCAGAGAGCUGCCUGGGGUGUCCCACGGGCCCCGCACAGCCGCGUCAUCUCCGUGGGCACAGAAAGCAGCAAGGCUGGUUCAAGUUCCUCGUGUGCUGCCCAGCAAGACAGCUCCCAGGGCUGAGGAUCCACAGGCCACUGCCUGGCGGCCGCCCAGGACCUCCACCCACCCACCAGGCAGCAGGUGUUUGCCGGCCUCCCCGCCUGCACCCUUUGCCUCCAAGCCCAGUGACUGACAGGCGCUCCCCGGCCCAUCAAGCCUCAAUGCGCAGGAUUAGCCUGAGCAUAGCCGAUGAACUGCCUUGGAAGACCACAGUGGAGACGGAGCGAGAAGAGGAACAAAACACUCCUGGGCUUCAGCCAGCUGUGCAAAGCUGCAACAGAGCCAGAUGUGUGGGCGGCGGCCAUGCACGAGGCAGCAUCUCCACCUUCUGGGCGACAGGGACAGGAGCGGGGCUGGUGCUUCUGCGCUCUGCGGGAGCCAGGCCGCAGGGGGAGGCCAGCUUCUGGCUGCAGCCCCGGGGCAGCGCAACGUGAGACUGCCGGAGCUCAGACCGCCUGGGGACCCUCCACCUGGGAUAGGCCCUGCAGCCUGCACCCUCCCGGUGCCCACUGCCCGCCCGGCCCUGCUCUGCUGCGCAGCGCCCAGCCCUGCUCACUCCUGGCGGCGUGACGCCUGGUGCCUGCCACACGAGGCAGGGACCUGGCUGUUCUGUGUGUGGCUGUGCCCGGCCUGGCCUCCUGCCCACACAGAGCGAGUGCACGAUCUGGUCUGGUCUGGCCCUGCCACCAGCUGAGGAGGAGCAGCUGCCCGGGCCACCUCCUGGCCUGCUGAGGUCCAGUCCCACCAGGCCCCCCAGCCAUCUGCCAGAGUGGCUGUCACAGGCGUCUCCACGCCCUGCAGCCCACACACGCUCCGCCCGGCGUGCGCCGCCUACCUCCCCGGGGCGCGGCAUGUGCGGACAGCCCGCAGGGCGCCAGCGGCAGUAGCUUCCAUCGUCUGCCAUUAGACGGGGCUGCAACACGCAGCUCUUCUCCCGUCUACACACCACACACAUGCUGUACACGCGUGUUGGGUGAAGCCCUAACUCGAAGAGCAGACACUGAUCACGACUGGACGGUACCGAGCCUUUUCAUCCUCACCAACCAAAAUGGUUCCUUGGUGCUUAAUCACACCUUAAAAUUCCAAAUAUUAAAUUUCCAAGGCUCAGAAGCUUUC